ACCUUAACUGCCUCAAACGACCACCUCAAGAUAAAAAAUGCUGAGCAGAACAACAGCCACAGCCUCUCUUUCAGUCUCUGCUCUUUCUUCCACAAACCCAUCUCGAUUUCUCUGCCAUUUGAGCCCCAACGCUUCCACAUUCUUGGGCCUCAAGAAGCUCUCGUGUACUUCACCAAACCCUUUAUCAGACUUCGUGAGCAUAAGAUGGAACACCAAUAAAAGCAACACAACCAACAAGUGUGAGAGGUCGAGAAUGGCGAGUUUCACGACCCGGGCAUCGGCGCAGCCCCUCAAGAAUCCGGAGGAGCUCAUCGAAUCCGUCAAAACCUUCAUCUUUGACUGCGAUGGAGUCAUAUGGAAAGGAGAUAAACUAAUAGAUGGAGUCCCAGAAACCCUUGAUAUGCUCCGUUCAAAGGGCAAGAGAUUAGUUUUUGUUACCAACAACUCGACUAAGUCUAGGAAACAAUAUGGUAAAAAGUUUGAGACACUUGGUCUGAAUGUCGGUGAGGAGGAAAUUUUUGCAUCAUCUUUUGCUGCUGCUGCAUAUUUGAAGUCGAUUAAUUUCCCAAAAGAGAAAAAGGUGUAUGUGAUCGGUGAGGAUGGCAUCUUGAAGGAGCUUGAGCUUGCUGGAUUUCAAUACCUUGGUGGCCCAGAAGAUGGUGAUAGAAAGAUAGAGCUAAAGCCUGGAUUUCUCAUGGAGCAUGAUAAAGAUGUUGGGGCUGUUGUGGUUGGCUUUGAUCGUUAUUUUAACUACUACAAAAUCCAGUAUGGAACACUCUGUAUACGCGAAAACCCCGGGUGUCUUUUCAUUGCUACCAAUCGUGAUGCUGUCACACAUCUAACAGAUGCUCAGGAAUGGGCAGGUGGUGGUUCUAUGGUAGGUGCUAUCAGUGGAUCUACUCAACGUGAGCCACUGGUUGUGGGAAAGCCCUCAACUUUUAUGAUGGACUAUUUAGCAAACAAAUUUGGCAUUCUCAAGUCACAGAUAUGCAUGGUUGGGGACAGAUUAGAUACUGAUAUUCUGUUUGGACAAAAUGGUGGUUGCAAAACUCUUCUUGUUCUCUCAGGUGUUACUACAUUAUCAAUGCUUCAGAAUCCAAACAACUCCAUACAACCUGAUUUCUACACCAACAAGAUUUCAGAUUUCCUUCCCCUCAAAGCUGCAACUGUAUGAUAAUCACAUAUAAGCACUUUGUGACAUUUUCCUUAGACCCAUGUGUUCAUUAUUUCAGUUUUUAAUAAUGAUCGUGAAUAUUCAAAAGCCAUCAACUUGUUUUUCACUUUCACAAAAUUUUAGAACUGGACAGCGAUAGCUGCAAAGAGUACUUUCUUUUGUAGUUUCUGAAAAUCAACGAGAAGUUCUUAUAUAUAUGAAUGUUAAAGUUCUAUCCCUAGUUUCAA